AUGGUUUGUGGAAAAUGCCAGAAAAAACUCAAGACAACCGAGCUUGCCACACCCGGCGUCAAGCGGAAGAAUGAUAUGUACUAUGGCUCGCCAUCCACCACUGUGGGCGGGCCGUCGAAAUCCAAACCUACCCUUGGCGCGACUGGCAUUGGCAAGAGUAAACUGCUCGGCGCAAAGGCAAAGAAUCCCUAUGCGGCAUAUUCGUCGUCGUGCGAGUCGUGCAAGACCAAGACUGAGCAGGGCAGGAAGUAUUGCCAGCGUUGCGCGUAUCAAAAGAACGCAUGCGCAUUGUGUGGCAAGAACCUAGCUGGCAGGACGACUACUGACAAGCCCAUUGUCCAGGGACAGAAGUUCAAUAUGAAAUGA